GGUGGCUGUGGCGGCUGCUGAGCGGUGGCAGCGGAGGGGAGCCCCAUGGUGCGGGUGCGCGGGCCGUGGAGGCUGAGCGAGGCGGCGCCGCCAUGGGCUCUCUCUUCCGCAGUGAGAGCAUGUGCCUGGCGCAGCUCUUCCUGCAAUCGGGCACAGCCUACGAGUGUCUGAGCGCGCUGGGCGAGAAGGGCCUGGUGCAGUUCCGAGACCUCAACCAAAAUGUAAGUUCUUUUCAAAGAAAAUUUGUUGGUGAGGUAAAGAGAUGUGAAGAACUAGAACGAAUAUUGGUGUACCUGGUGCAGGAAAUCACCAGAGCUGAUAUUCCCCUGCCUGAGGGAGAGUCCAGUCCUCCUGCACCACCUCUUAAACAUAUUCUAGAAAUGCAGGAACAGCUGCAGAAGCUCGAGGUGGAGCUCAGAGAAGUCACCAAGAACAAGGAGAAGCUGAGGAAGAACCUGCUUGAAUUGGUGGAGUAUACCCACAUGCUGAGGGUCACAAAGACCUUCCUCAAACGGAAUGUGGAGUUUGAACCCACUUAUGAAGAGUUUCCCGCCUUAGAGAACGACUCUCUGUUGGACUACAGCUGCAUGCAGCGGCUGGGCGCCAAGCUGGGAUUCGUUUCUGGCCUGAUUCAGCAAGGCAAAGUCGAAGCAUUUGAAAGAAUGCUGUGGAGGGCCUGCAAAGGGUACACCAUUGUGACCUAUGCAGAGCUGGAUGAGUCCCUGGAAGACCCUGAGACGGGUGAAGUCAUAAAGUGGUACGUGUUCCUGAUUUCCUUUUGGGGAGAGCAGAUUGGCCACAAGGUUAAGAAGAUAUGUGACUGUUACCACUGCCACAUCUACCCGUAUCCAAACUCGGCUGAGGAGCGCAGGGAGAUCCAGGAGGGGCUCAAUACUCGGAUCCAAGACCUUUACACGGUGCUGCACAAAACGGAGGAUUAUCUGAGGCAAGUGCUGUGCAAAGCUGCCGAGUCCGUGUGCACCCGUGUAAUACAGGUGAGGAAGAUGAAAGCCAUCUACCACAUGCUCAACAUGUGCAGCUUUGACGUCACCAACAAGUGCCUCAUAGCCGAGGUCUGGUGCCCCGAGGUGGACCUGCCGGGCUUGCGCAGAGCACUGGAGGAAGGCUCGAGAGAGAGCGGAGCUACAAUCCCCUCGUUCAUGAACACAAUUCCUACGAAAGAAACACCGCCCACUCUGAUCCGCACCAACAAAUUCACUGAAGGUUUCCAGAACAUCGUGGAUGCCUAUGGUGUCGGGAGCUACAGAGAAGUGAACCCAGCUCUCUUUACCAUCAUCACCUUCCCGUUCCUGUUCGCUGUGAUGUUUGGUGACUUUGGGCACGGCUUUGUCAUGUUCCUGUUUGCCCUCUUCCUGGUGUUGAAUGAGAAUCACCCGAGACUAAGGCAGUCACAGGAGAUCCUGAGGAUGUUCUUCGAUGGCCGGUACAUCCUGCUGCUGAUGGGGUUGUUCUCUGUAUACACCGGCCUCAUCUACAACGACUGCUUCUCCAAGUCUGUGAACCUCUUUGGCUCUGGGUGGAACGUGUCUGCCAUGUACAGCUCCAGCCACUCUCCGGAGGAGCAAAGGAAGAUGGUGCUUUGGAAUGACAGCACCAUCAGGCACAGCAGGACUUUGCAGCUGGACCCAAAUAUCCCCGGAGUUUUCCGAGGCCCCUACCCUUUUGGCAUCGACCCUAUUUGGAACCUGGCCACAAAUCGCCUCACAUUCCUCAACUCCUUCAAGAUGAAAAUGUCUGUGAUUUUGGGAAUUUUUCACAUGACUUUUGGUGUCAUUCUGGGAAUAUUUAACCACUUGCACUUUAGGAAGAAGUUCAACAUCUACCUGGUGUCGGUCCCUGAGAUCCUGUUCAUGCUCUGCAUCUUUGGGUACCUGAUUUUCAUGAUCAUUUACAAGUGGCUGGCAUACUCGGCAGAAACCUCCAGAGAGGCCCCCAGCAUCCUGAUCGAGUUCAUUAACAUGUUCCUGUUCCCAGCCAGUGAGACACAUGGGCUCUACCCAGGGCAGGCACAUGUCCAGAGAGUGUUGGUGGCUUUCACAGUGCUGGCUGUCCCCGUGCUCUUCUUAGGAAAGCCGCUUUUUCUGCUGUGGCUGCACAACGGGCGCAGUUGCUUUGGCAUGAGCCGGAGUGGUUACACGCUUGUGAGGAAGGACAGCGAGGAAGAGGUGUCUCUGCUGGGCAGCCCGGACGUAGAAGAGGGGAACAACCGCCUUGAAGAAGGCUGCCGAGAAGUGACGUGUGAGGAGUUUAACUUUGGGGAGAUCCUGAUGACACAGGCCAUCCACUCCAUCGAGUACUGCCUUGGCUGCAUCUCCAACACUGCGUCCUACUUGAGGCUUUGGGCACUCAGCCUGGCACAUGCACAGCUCUCUGAUGUGCUGUGGGCCAUGCUGAUGCGUGUGGGCCUGCGUGUGGACACCACCUAUGGGGUCUUGCUGCUGCUACCUGUCAUGACUUGCUUUGCAGUUUUGACCAUUUUUAUCCUUCUGGUCAUGGAAGGGCUUUCUGCAUUUCUCCACGCCAUAAGGCUUCACUGGGUGGAAUUUCAGAACAAAUUCUACGUUGGUGCAGGCACCAAAUUCGUUCCUUUCUCCUUCAGUCUGCUCUCCUCCAAGUUCAGUAAUGAUGACAGCAUAGCAUGAUUGCACGCUGCAGCCUGCCCACUCUGAUGGGUGGAGAACUAUCAUGUUACAGAAUUCACUUACUCGAGUCAGAACUUACGACAGGAAAGUUCCACCCUCAUUGAUUGCCUUACGAUUCAGCCAAAUGGUUCUGUAAGAUACACCUCUCCCUCAUGGUGAAGAUUUUGUAAACCUCACCACUCCGGACACAGAAGUCUCGUUGGUUUUUAUUAUGAGCAAAUAUAAGUUAAUGCCGACCGACGCCUCUUUAAAGCUACUUUUGAAAGUGUAAGGUUGGAGGCGAGAAGCCAGCUGGACAGCUAGCUAAAAAUGGUCUUAGAUACUUGAUUCCUUUUCAACUUUAAAAAACAUGAAGCUAUUCCAUCACAAGAAGAUGUCAGGUAAUAUGUUCCAGCAGCUCAAGUUAAGCAUAGUUUUUCAGACAUUACUGCUGGGUUAUCAGCAGGUCCCCAUUCACCCUGCCUGCUCAAGAACGUGUAUGAGUUCUCCCUGAAUGCUCGCAGAGUUACUGGGAGGGGCAGUGUGACAGCCUGACCUGUUAAUGAUCGGGGACAAUGUGACAGAUGCCACAGCAAUGGCUCUCCUGCUCGCAUAUUUUUUAAAGAUGCUUGUCCUUCACCCUUGAGUCAGACCAGUCAUGGCAGUUGUACAUUCUGAAAGAUGACUGUCUUGAGCCUUAAAACCCAGGGAAGACAGGUGAAAAGCCGUGUGUAUUUUUAUAGCAAAGAGCAAAUGAAGAUAUUUUACCACAGAGACUGUGCUUCUACUUGACAAUAGUAUAAUUUUUUACUUUCGCACUAAUUCUGAAUAAAGGUCUGAUGGCCGCAGUUUAAUUUCC